UUGCUCUGCACUGAGAGCGAGUGAGCAUGCUCCACCUCGCAGAUUUUGAUAACAAACAAACCAUGUUUCAAUAAUUGAGGUUUUUCAUUCAGACAUGGCUUCUUCAUCUUCUUCUCCACUGUCCCCAACACAGUCACAUAUCCACUCCCUCGGUAACCCUUCUUCCUCUUUCCGCUCCCCUCCGCUCAUUCUAUCUUUCCGUUUCUACUGGAGCGCCUCGUUGCCACUUCACACUCGUCUCUCCGCUCUCAAAGCUGCUGCUGCUGCUGCUUCUUCUGAUGCUGCUGACAAUUUGCUUCGGAAACCGCUAAUUACUCCGCGGAAGGACCCAGCUGGAGUUUUGGAGGAACAUGGGUAUGCCUAUGAAGAAGAAGAUGAUGAAGAAGAAGAAGAGGAAGAUAAAUGGGUUGACUGGGAGGACCAGAUUUUGGAGGAUACCGUUCCUUUGGUUGGAUUUGUCAGGACGAUUCUUCAUUCUGGACAUUAUGAAAGUGGAGAUAGACUAAGUCCGGAGCAUGAGAAAACCAUUCUUGAGAAGCUGCUUCCCUUUCAUCCAGAAUCUGAGAAGAAGAUCGGAUGUGGAAUUGAUUAUAUAACGAUUGGAUACCAUCCUCAAUUUGAUCGAUCUAGGUGUUUGUUCAUAGUACGGAAGGAUGGAGAGCUGGUUGACUUUUCAUAUUGGAAAUGCAUUAAGGGUUUGAUUAGAAAGAAUUAUCCAUUAUAUGCAGACAGUUUCAUUCUCAGACACUUCAGGAAGCGGAGUCGUAAUCUGUGAAGUUAGCACUAUCUUUUUAUGGCUGUACCAUUUUGUAUUAGAGUUCACUUUUUUUCAAAUCCCUUUUGAGUUUUCGUGUUUUCUUGUUGCUGGUAGCAUAUUAUAAUGAUCUGAAAAAAAUGAGAUUAGAUAAAUUUCUGGAGUUUAGAAGAGUGGUUAGCAUUUAAGACCUCACUACAAAAUGCUAGAAAACGACUUCAUUUUACUAUUGACGAUAUGUCAAUAUUUGUAGUGAUUUGAAAAUAUGGGACUGUAAACUAUGUGUAUAGAGAGACCUUGAUGAUAAUGUUCCUCUCAGUUAAAUUAAUUUCCAAUUUAAGGAGAUUCUAGUUUAUGUUCU